CCAUAACCAUGUGCAAGCCUGUGUCCUUCAUCUCGAUGGUGGCUGUGAUUUUGCUGGCCAGCUCCACAGUGAAGUUGGCCCAAGGAACCCUCUGCAGUGAAAAGCUCAACGAGGUGCUCAGUAUGGUGUGCGAGGAGUUCAAUCCCGUGAUUCCACACAAACGCGCCAUGCCCGGUGCCGAUAGCGAUCUGGACGCACUCAGUCCGCUGCAGUUCGUUCAGGAGUUUGAGGAGGAGGACAACUCGAUCUCGGAACCGCUGCGAAGUGCCCUCUUUCCUGGCAACUAUCUUGGCGGUGUCCUCAAUUCCCUGGCAGAGAUCCGAAGGCGCACUCGCCAACGGCAAGGAAUCGUGGAGCGCUGCUGCAAGAAGUCCUGUGAUAUGAGGGCCCUGAAGGAGUACUGCUCCAUAGUCAGAAAUUAGGUCUCCUGUUGCCUCCUGAAAAUCAUUUUCCUAACUGACCUGCUCGACGCCAUUAUCUCUGGAUUUGGUUUUAAACCAACCAUGUGCAUAUAUACUACAAUCGAUGUUUUUUAUAGCUUGUUGCAUGUUACUCUUUGUGAAUGAUCGAAACGGAUUAAAUAUAUAUUCUGCUUUAAGCUUUGGCAAACAAUCGUUACAUUUAU